CACCAGCAGCGCGGCCGUGGCGCAGCAGGCUGCACACUCCAGCCCAGCAGCAGCACUGCAGCAGUAGCGCCACCAAAACUCCCACGAAGCCGGGGAACCCCACCCACGACCACGAGCCUAGUCUACUAUGCUCAGCCGACUCGCCGCGGCGCGGCGGCAGCAGCUGCUGCUACCCGCGCGCGGCGCCCCGGCCGUCGCGUUCGCGUACCGCUCCUCCUCGACAGCGGCGGCCGCGGUCCACGGGGCCGCGGCGCCCGCGCCCGCCUCCGCCUCCGUGCUCCCGGACACGCUCGACAGGGGCUCCGACGCCUACCAGCGCAACGCCGCCGCCGUCGGCGGGCUGCUCUCCGACCUGCGCGCCCGCGUCUCCCAGGUGCUGCGCGGUGGAGGCGUCGAGGCGGUGAGGCGGAACGCGGCGCGGGGGAAGCUGCUCCCGCGGGACCGCAUCGACCGGCUGCUCGACCCCGGCGCGUCCUUCCUCGAGCUCUCGCAGCUUGCAGGCUCAGAUGUUUAUGGUGAAGCAUUACCAUCCGCAGGUAUAAUAACUGGCAUAGGACCUGUUCAUGGACGAUUAUGUAUGUUUGUGGCCAAUGACCCGACCACUAAGGGUGGCACAUACUAUCCUCUUACUGUCAAAAAGCAUCUGCGGGCACAGGAAAUAGCUUCCGAGUGCAAACUGCCUUGCAUCUAUCUCGUUGACAGCGGAGGUGCUAAUCUCCCCAGGCAGGCUGAUGUUUUCCCUGACCGUGAAAAUUUUGGCCGAAUAUUCUACAAUCAAGCUAAGAUGUCUUCAGACGGUAUCCCUCAGAUUGCAUUAGUCUUAGGAUCUUGCACUGCUGGUGGGGCUUAUAUUCCUGCAAUGGCGGAUGAGAGUGUUAUAGUUAAGGGAAAUGGAACUAUAUUUCUAGCGGGUCCGCCACUUGUAAAGGCUGCUACAGGAGAGGAGAUAUCUGCUGAGGACCUUGGUGGAGCAUCAGUACAUUGCAAGGUAUCAGGAGUCUCAGAUCAUUUUGCACAAGAUGAACUUCAUGGGCUUGAGUUGGGGCGAAACAUUGUGAAGAACCUGCACUUAGCUGCUAAAGGAACAAAUAUUCAAAGUUCUGCUUGUGGUUACCAAGAGCCAUUGUACGAUGUAGAGGAACUUCGCUCAAUUGCACCAGCUGAUCUGAAACAGUCCUUUGACAUUCGUUCAGUAAUAGCCCGUAUUGUUGAUGGAAGUGAAUUUGAUGAGUUCAAAAAAUUGUAUGGAACAACACUAGUGACUGGUUUUGCAAGGAUAUGCGGGCAACCAGUUGGAAUUAUUGGAAACAAUGGCAUUUUGUUUACUGAGUCAGCGCUAAAGGGCUCCCACUUCAUUGAAUUGUGUGCUCAGCGGCAUAUUCCUUUGAUUUUCCUUCAAAACAUUACUGGGUUCAUGUUUUUAGGGCAAAUCAAAAUUAUUACCUACAUAGACUUAUUGAUUAUGCAAAGGGACUAUGUUCAUGGAAAGGUCGGGUCGAAGUCUGAAGCUAGUGGAAUUGCCAAAGCUGGAGCAAAGAUGGUCAUGGCAGUUUCCUGUGCUAAGGUUCCUAAAAUUACAAUAAUUGUUGGUGGAAGUUUUGGUGCUGGGAACUAUGGAAUGUGCGGGCGUGCAUAUAGCCCAAACUUUUUAUUUCUUUGGCCAACUGCUAGGAUAUCUGUUAUGGGUGGCAUCCAGGCAGCUGGUGUCCUCGCUCAAAUUGAAAAGAACAACAAAAAGAGACAAGGAGUGGAGUGGAGCAAGGACGAGGAAGAAGCCUUCAAGGCAAAAGUGGUGGAGGCUUACGACAGAGAAGGAAGCCCGUACUAUUCCACUGCUAGACUAUGGGACGACGGGGUCAUCGACCCUGCUGACACCAGGCGGGUUCUCAGCCUCUGCCUCUCUGCUUCCGCCAAGCCGGUUCCGGAAGAUACAAAAUACGGUGUAUUCCGGAUGUAAAUAAACGUGUAUGAAUAACGCAACCGUAUUUUAAUAAAAACGGCUUCCAUGCGCCCAAUGUGCGCGCUGGACUUUGCCUUCUGCACAAAUAAAAUUUCGCCCGGGUUUUCUGUC